CGCAUCUUUAUUUUUCCCCUACCACACGUAUUAUAUUCCUCCCAGUGCAGAAUGGACGCAAAGCAAGUGCACAAGCCGCAUAGGGUGCACAAGUCUGGUGCCAGUGCAAAAAAGAGCCUGCAGAAGCGGAAGAAUGCCGAGAAGAACAACCCCAAGGCGUUCACGAUGCAGUCGGCACAGAAGGCCGAUCGCAUGGCGCGGCGGCGGCUGGAGCUGAACGAGAAGAAGUACCAUGUGCCGAUGGCGGACCGGACGCCGACGACGCCGCCGCCCCUGGUGGUAGCUGUGGUGGGACCGCCCCAGUGCGGCAAAACGACGCUGAUCAAGUCGCUGGUGCGGCGGUACACGAAGCACACGCUGUCGGAGAUCCGCGGGCCCGUGACAGUAGUGAGUGGCAAGCACCAGCGGCUGACGUUCAUGGAGUGCGCCAACGACAUGAAUGCGAUGGUGGACAUGGCCAAGGUGGCCGAUCUGAUUCUGCUGGUCAUCGACGCGAGCUUUGGGUUUGAGAUGGAGACGUUCGAGUACCUGAACAUUCUGCAGACACACGGCAUGGGCAAGGUGAUGGGAGUGCUGACGCACCUGGACAACUUCAAGGACAACAAAAAGCUGAAGCUGGUGAAGAAGAACUUCAAGCACCGGUUCUGGACCGAGAACGGGCGGUAUCUGGACAAGGAGACGCUGAACCUGUCGCGGUUUAUUUCGCAGGUCAAGCUGCGGCCGCUGGCGUGGCGCUCGACGCACCCGUACCUGCUGGCCGACCGCAUGCAGGAUCUGACGGAUCCGGAGCUGCUUGAGGGCAAUCCGAAGGCGAAUCGCACGGUUGCACUGUACGGAUUCCUGCGCGGUACACACCUGAAGGGCCGCGACCGCGUGCAUAUUCCGGGCGCUGGCGAUUUCAUGCUGGGCGAGGUCAACACGCUGCCUGAUCCGUGUGCGAUUCCCGACAAGGAGCGCAAGCGUCUGGAUGAGCGGCACAAGCUGAUUUAUGCACCCAUGUCGGAGGUCAACGGAGUCAUGUACGACAACGACGCCGUCUAUAUUGAUGUCAAGAAGCCGCAGCACGAGGAGAAGGCCGAGGAGGGCGAGGGCGAAAAGAUGCUCAGCGAGCUGCAGCAGGUGGGGGCGCUGUCCGAGAGCCUGAAGGACCAGUCGUUCAGCCUGUUUUCGGGCGCCAUGCCGGUCACAGCAGAGUCCAUUCGUCGUCCGGCUGUGUUCAAUGACGACGGCAAGGUUGAUAGCGAGAGCGAGAGCGAGGCAGCGGACAACGACACCGACGACGAUCUGCUAAUGCGCGUGGAUGAGUCCAGAGACAGCGAGCAGACGCUUCGUGCCCAGCCUCUGCACACAGGUGUCAAGCGCGUCAACCUGAUGGACCUCGUCUACGGCUCUGACAGCGAGUCUCCCAAGUCGGCCGACGAUGAUGAGGGCGACGAUACGAUCAAGUCUAUGGCCAUCGAUGAUGACCUCGACGACCGGCAACUGCGCCGCCUGUUCAUCACCGGUGAAGAUGGCGACGAUAGCAAUAGCGAUGAGGAUGCUGACGGUGCUGCGGGCGCCGACGAGAACGACUACGACCAAGACGCGACUGGUGAUUUCGAGGAUCUGGAGGCGGGCAACGAUGAGGAUGAGGAGGAUGAUUCUAAGGAGAACUCUGAUGCCGAGUCCGAGGAGGGCGAGAGCAACCCGUACGGCCUGUCUGACGAGAAGAUGUCCAAGCUGAAGAACAAGUUUGACAAGAUCUACGACGAGGAGGAGGAGGAGGCGGGCGAGAAGAAGGACUUUUACCAGACGCAAAAGGAGCAGCUGCAAAAGUACGUCGACAACACGCGCAACGAGAUGGACGAGCUGGCGGACAUCCAAUACCGGUGGGCGGGCGAGUACGUCAAGGUGGUAGUUGACGACAUGCCGUACGAGUUCGUCAAGGGCUUCGACCCGUCGCUGCCGAUUGUGGUCGGCGGAAUCUCGAACGAGGAGGGCCUGUCACUGAUCAACCUGCGCGUCAAGCGGCACCGCUGGUAUCCGAAGAUCCUGAAGACCGGCGACCCGAUUGUGAUCUCGGUCGGCUGGCGCCGGUUCCAGACAAUCCCAACGUACUACAUGAACGACCGGAUCAAGAACCGCAUGCUCAAGUACACGCCCGAGCACAUGCACUGCAGCGCCGUUGUCUACGGCCCGUACAUCCAGCCGGGUGCUGGCUUCUGCGCGUACUUUAUGCAGCGCAAGCACAACUUUGGCAUUGCGGCGACCGGCUCGGUCCUGGAGAACAUGCAGUCGAUCGACAUUGUCAAGAAGCUGAAGCUGACCGGCUACCCGGACAAGAUCCACAAGAACACGGCGUACAUCAAGAAGAUGUUCAACAGCCCGCUUGAGGUGGCCAAGUUCGAGGGCGCGUCGAUCAAGACGGUCAGCGGGAUCCGCGGCCAGGUCAAGAAGGCGUCGGGCAACUCGGGCUAUGACAAGGUCAAGAUGAGCGACAUUGUGUUUUUGCGCGCGUUCCACACAAUCCCGAUCAAGCAGUUCUACAAUCCCGAUCACAUUGCGGAGAUCCGGCGGUCCAAGAACCUGGCGGUGCCGAACAAGAAGGACUCGCACUACAAGAAGAUCGAGCGCGUCGAGAAGCAGUUCAACCCGCUGGUUGUGCCCAAGGCGCUGCAGGCCGAGCUGCCGUUCAAGUCGCGGCCCAAGGUGAUCAAGACCAACAAGGUCACGCGGGCGGUGGUGGCCAACCUGCUCGGCCAGAUCAACCUGCUGCACAAGGACAAGGCGAAGAAGGCCAAGGAGAAGGCCAAGAAGCAGCACGAGGCGUACCGCGAGAAGAGGAGGGCCGAGGAGGCCGAGGCGGAUGCCCGGCGCAAGAGGAAGAGAAAGACGUACUUUAAGAUCGAGAGCCAGAACCAGGCCGGAGGAAAGCGCUAGCGCGUCUGUGUCUUCCAUGUAGUCUGCCCUAUCUAGUCAAACCACACCCACUACAUCCCUUUAAACAUGAGCGAGAUGGUGCUGCGAGAAUGCUGGCACAGCCUGCAGAGCCGGCGAACGCAAGGGCUGCUGCUGCAAAUCAAGGGAUGCUAUUUUUACCUUGAUUGCCAAUCUGCUUUUCGUGCUUUGGACCAGGGCUGCUUCUGAAGAGUUUUUGGGCCGCCG